GAUCUCACCAUGAUCACCGAACGCGUCGAGGAAGGCGCCUACGCGUGCAAAGAGGCCUUCAUUGCCGACUUCAAGAGAAUGGUCGAGAACUGCGCUUUCUACAACGGCCUCGAAAGCGAGAUCGCCACCAAGGGCUACCGGUUGUGGGUGGUCAUGCUGGAUGCCCUGCACACAGUCUGCUUCGACAACGACGAAGAGAAGAAGGGAAGCCAAUCUCCCAAAGUGAGCCAAUCACGUAGGAGUUCAAGCUCAAGUAGUCGAGACAGAGACGUCACUUCCGGUGCGGGCGCCGCGUGCUCACCUGCCUCGAGACUCUACGUUCCCGAACACGCGAGAAAGCCGAGGCCAAACGGCAGCGGCCAGCGUGUGGACGAGCGCACGAUGGUGAAGACUCGGCGCGCAAGCAGGACGGCGACGCGAAGGAAGAGCAGCCCUCCCAGAGUUCGGGAGAACGUGUCUGAAGGCGAUGACGUCGACGACGAGGACUUCGCGGAGCCCCGUGUCAAGCGGAACAGAAGAGGAAGACCACCCAAGGCGACCAGGACGCGAGCCGGAAGGCGGACCACGUCGAAAGCGACCUCCCGAACGCGACCGGUCGUCAAGAGUCCCGCGCUCGAGGCCCUCUCAAGAGCCACGCGCAAGGCUCUCGAGGAUUCGGCCGAUUUGACCUACGACAUCUGCCGCCUGAGCGGCGACUUCGAGGCGAACAGCGAGGUGGCUGGUUACUUUCCCGACCUCAACAUCGCCGGCACGCACAGCCAUCCUACCGACCUGCUGGCGAGGUUCGGAGGCUCACCGGAGAACAGCGGCGGGUACACCAUCGUCGAAUCACCGGAAGCGACAUCGCAAUGUGGUACGAAUGUCGAGGGCAAUGGCCAAGGGGAUGAACCACGCAAUGACACCGCUAACGGAGAAGAGGGCCGAAAAGGCCUCGAUGGCUGCGACGACGAGUCUAAUUCCGACACGGACCGCAGUCGGGACUCAAGUGCUCCUUCGGCGAAUGCGAUACACGAGGCGGAGGACACGGACACGACUUCUUCAGAUGAGAGUCUAGCGGAAGGUUUAGUUCGAGUUCAGGAAGGGACCGUCGCUGAAUCCGGCAUAAGCGGCAUUGGCAGUAAAGCUGAACUUGACCAUCGAGCGACUGACACAUCCAUUGAAGGUGCGAAGGGCGGAGCGACGCAAGAGACGGCGCCUCCACCGAGUGCCAUCCCCCUGGGCACAAUAGCGACGAGCAGCCCAUUCACUAGCCACAAAAGGCAAGAUGCUUACUUUCAGACAUCACUCGCAAUGCCUCCGAGGUGUCGUUCCGUGCCUCCUCUCCACUUCGUUCCUGUCAACGUGCGGCACGCAACGAGAGACCCCUGUUCGUCUGGUUCCAGUGGCCCCGACGACAGUGACUCGAAUGCCACGGCAAGCGCGGAGCCCGCCGAAGAGGUUCUUCGUUCGGCUACUUCCUUGAAGAGGGGUGAGGAAGGAACAGGUCUCGUCGAGAGUGGGGAACACAUCGCUUGUGAGGCGACGACCGAGCCGGACGAGGAGUCUGAAAGACGAGAGACAAGCACGUCCCGAUCAGACGGUGACAUCGAAACGACGAAGGAGAGUGAUUCCGACAUCCUCUGCCAGGUCCUUGACGAAUGCAGCGAUUCUACCGCCGGCAGCAACCACGCUUCUGCCUCUGAGGAUACUGAAGCGAAGGAUAAGACCCCUGGGAUGCUGUCGGAAGGGAGCGAAGGAGCCGUAUCGGAGGCGGUGGACAGCCAGAAAACGACUCAAGAACAGGCUGGUGCAUCGAUUCCCGCUGGCAAUGUUUCUCCCGGACGCAUCCAGGCGCGGGAACGAUGGAUUACCAAGCUCCAGGGUGAUCUGCAUGGGGCCGAACAAGAGUUUUACUGCACGCUGGAUAGUCCCAAGUCAAGCUUCAGCUUUUCCUCGGGAUACCUGAGCGAAGAUGCCUUGUCGCCGUCCAUGCGAUACCACAACAGCUCGAGCCCGCUUCCGCAGCUCUCUCCGUCACGCCUGUCUCCGCUUUUGCCGACGUCGUGCCAACCACCGCAGAAAGAGACGCCCCCCGUGAUGGAUGCGGAAGCGACUCAACCGUCGAGCGGGCAAGCAGCGGUUGAUGCUGACAAGGCUCCGCCGACAGACGCGGCUUCAACGCGUCAAUGCUCUUCGCCGGACCAGCCUCUGCCCCCUGAACCAAUGACACAGCCACCGUCACCGCCGUUUGGUGCGCCGACGCCGCUGCAAAAGAUAUCCGCCUUAGUCGCUGACAUACCAUCCAGCACCAAUGCGUACGACGGCGCCGGCUUUCCGUCUCCGUUAGCGCCUCCGACUACAUCUGCCAGCGUCACUUGCGGUGGUAGUGAUGAUCACCGUCGAGACGGGAGAGACGGCACGGCGUUUAGGCCGACGUAUUCGAACGCGGGUCACACCACCGCAGGUCUGCGAUUGACGUCGUCGUCAUCAUACAUCGCUCGUCCCGUGCCCACGCAGCCGCAUCCUACGGGCGUGCAGAAACCACCCUGUACCCAGGAGCCCAUCGCGUACUUCAUCCCUGCGGGUGGUGGUCACUUCCAGCCCGUCCCUAUCCAGCAAGUGGCACGUCCGUCUGUUGAAGGCGGGGCCGGAACAGCCGCUGUUUACGACUGGCCCGGCGGCAUGGGCGCACCGCUGCAGUGGGGCUUGCCGCGCAUCAUCUACUACCCUGCCGAGCUGGCUGGUCACGCUCCGCAAGCGCUCUUCCUGCCAGACCUGAGCCCCGAAGCGCAGCGCAACGCCCUCACCAGCGCCCCAUGGCUCAGGAAGCACCGCACGCCGGACUACAACACUCAUCUCCACCAGUUCCAGCCGGCGGCUCACGUUUCCCAUUACACCAGUGGUGUCCGCACCGCUAACUGCGUCACAGUAACGACGACGCCAACGUCGGCUACGCAGACGUCUUCGCCUGCGCAGAAGGCAAGGACGUUGGUGGCGCGCAGUGCAGCUUCGAUGACGUGGCAUCAGCAGCAGCAGCAGCAGCAGCAGCAUCGGGCUUACGCAACGCACUACCAGAUGGCACAGCCUCUUAUGGUGACGUCCGCAGGACAGCUGCACCCCCUGGCGGAGGCGCUGUACCGGCAGCAACGAUAA